AUGACUGGUAAACUCCAGACCAGCAACGUGACCAACAAGAAUGACCCACGCUCGCUAAACUCCAGAGUCUUUAUCGGCAACCUCAACACAACCAUCGUCAAGAAGACCGACAUAGAGGUCCUCUUCGGCAAGUACGGCAAGAUAGUGGGUUGCUCUGUGCACAAAGGUUACGCCUUCGUACAGUAUUUGAACGAGAGGAACGCCCGAGGAGCUGUGUCCGGAGAAAAUGCCCGCAUCAUCGCUGGACAGCCUCUUGACAUAAACAUGGCUGGCGAGCCAAAGCCGUACAGGCCCAAAGCCGGCUCCAAGCGGCCGCUCUCAGCUGUUUACAGCGGUUAUGAAUUGGAUUACGAGUACUACAGGGAUGAUUUCUACAGCAGGCUUUUUGACUACCACGGCAGAGUGGCCCCCCCACCGAGAGCCGUGAUUCCCGUCAAACGCUCCAGGGUGCUCGCGCCCUCCACUCGCCGCGGGAAGACUUCCUUCCCCAUCAAAACAACCUCCUCUUCCUCCUCUUCCUCCUCCAGACCUCCCACAUCAUCCUCCUCCGGGCUCAAACCGGUGAAGACGGGCCAGCUGCAGACGAUUAAACGGGAGCUCACUCAGAUCAAGCUGAAGAUCGACUCUUUGCUGGGACGCCUGGAGAAGAUCGAGAAGCAGCAGAGGGCCGAGUCCGAAGCUCAGAGGAAGUACGAGGACAACUGCGACUCCCUGCACGAGGAGUCCGUGUCGGAGACGGCGGAAAACUCCGGGGAGGAGGCGGGCGAUGGGGCGCUGGACGUGGAGGCGGGAGAGAUGACUGACGGGGGCGAGGACGACUACGACGAGGAGGGAAACCACCAUCUGAUAGAGAACCACGUAUCGGAUAUUGACAACUGAGAUCAGGAGGAGGCAAGCGGACCCCUAACCCCCCCCCACCCCCCACCCAGUGGUUUUAGAAUUCUUCAUCGUCACCUUCAAGAGACAGAGAAGCAUCUCUGGAGGAUCAAGACUCUCAUACCGGACUGUAAGUCGUGUUCACGAGAUGCCGAAUCACAUUUUUAAAAAAAAGCCCGACUGUGCGGCGCCAAUGGAACGCGACGUGCCCCCAUCUAAAGAAAAUGUAUCCGUGACCCAUUUCAAUGCAUCGGCCUCGCUGGAUUAGCCCGCGCAACUUAUAUUUCAUUCCACGAGGCCGACGGGUAUCGUGUGCUAUAAAUCCUGUUUGUGGAGAGAGAGAGAGAAAAAAAAUAAUAAUAAUAAAAACAGAAAGGGAAUUAAAUGAAGGCUUUUAUUCUGAUUUAUAUAAACGAGAUGACGUGGCGAUGGAGGGAACGUGACGUCGGUGAUUGAUAUGUGUUUGCGGUGUAAAUUUCACAAACCGUGUUCUUUUUAUUUGAUCUUUUUGUUACAUAUUUUUUUUAACGUCGGAAAAUCAAAACGAUAUUCACAAAACGAAAGAGACAUCGUCGACUCAUGCAUAAGCCAAUAUCUACGAGCAUAACUUCAGCCGGCUUUAUUCCAUUUGUCACACGAACAACGUGUAUUCAGACUCCUGCCAAGUUCUGAAGCAGAAAGGGCUUCUUCCUGUGGUAGAGCUCAACAUCCCAGCAUGCACUGCUGCCGUCCGGGAGCCUACGUCCUUCCUCCUCCUGCUGCCGUCGACCCCCUGCGCUCUGCAGCAAGGUCGAGGUUUUAUUGAGUCGCUUAUGCGUUAAUAUGGAACGAUCAGACGUGACGCGGCAGCCUUAAAACCACCUAAAUAAGUGGUGAGACGUUAAUAAAAACACUAAACUCUUUUAAUAGAAUGCCCAUAAAUGUCAAUAUUAAAGUAAAGUGCACACUGUGGAAAGUUGUAAUUAUAAGUAAAUAGCUGCAAAGGGAAUCGAUGAUAUGUAAAAUGUAAUUAAUUCAUUAAUUUUCUCCAAAUAACGAAGAAAAAAAAAAAUUCUUUAUAGCAAUUCUCAGAAGCAGGAAGUGGGUUGAAUCUACAGCAAGAAAUACCAGGUGUGCCAGCUGAUGGUCAGUAGCAGCAAUGAAGUUGAUGAUGCAUAUCAGCUGGCACACCUAUAUCUAUAUAGACAUAGAUAUAAAUAGAUAUAGAUAUAUAUACAUAUAAAUAUAGAUAUAUAUAUACAUAUUAUCUGUAGAUGAGGUCAGCAUGAACUGCAGGAUCUGGAGAUGCUGGUGCGACGUUCAUCUUAUCUGUAAAUGAAGCAGCUUCUUAUCGAACACUCGGCUGUCAUUGACUUUGCUGCUGCUUGUAAAUCCUAAAUGUUUUCUUCCUCUUUCGCUUCCUCUUCGUGGUCGGAAGCAUAAAAGCGCACCUCAACUCGAGAGUAUGAAAGCAGACGGGCCUCUUUGCACUGGAAACGUGUUCUACAUACGGAUUAUCGGCCCUGAAUUGAUGUUGAAGGUUUCUUUUUGGACACAAUCCAGUGGAAUUGGACAUUACUGUGAAACGCUGAAUGUGGACUUAUUUCUUUUCGGGGUUUUUUUUUUACGUGGCCUUUUUUUUCUCCAUUCUAUGGAGCUAAAUCCAGGCCAAUAG